AUGUUGCAUUCAAGUGAGCUGUGUUUAUUAGUGCUGGUACUCGUUUCAUUACCACUCAUCAUAAAUUGCGACAACAUACUGUUUUUGCAAUCAACACCAUCUCGAAGUCAUCACAUCUGGAAUAAACAAAUUUUCAACCGCCUAUACGACAAUGGGCAUAACUUGACCAUCUUGACUUUCGAGAAGGAACAGUCCGUUCCUGGAAAGUGGUUCUUUUUUGUCCCGCGAUUGUAUGCAAAAAUAAUGGCAGAAUACGCUGCUGAAGGCAGCAACGCGGGGUCUGAGAUGGGACCGAUCGAAAACAUUAUAAACAUGUACAGUUUUUACGAAAAAGCAAGCCGCAUUCUGGCUAAAGAUAUUGCCAUUCAGCAGCUCAUAGAGUAUCCGGUAAACUUUAAGUUUGAUCUCAUCAUUCAUGAUUUUACAAUGGGUCAAUUUUUGCUUGGCUUUGUCGCCAGGUUUGGAAGCCCUCCAAUAGUUUCCGUGUCAGCGUUCAACAUUCCCUCGUACACAAUGCACCUAUCAGACGUACCGGUGCGAUUCACUACUUUGCCGAACUAUGCUGCUGAAUUUGGUCAACAAAUGACCAUUACGGAAAGAUGUUUGAAUGGUUUCUACUGGUUGCUGGACUACUACCAACGGCAAGUUCGAUUCAUGGCUUCGGAAGAUGCUAGGGUUAGAACAUUAUUUGGGAGCAACUCGAAAAGUGUGAAGGAAAUUGAAAAGUUAUCCAGCAUUGUUCUGGUCAACAGCGACUUCAGCAUGGAUUAUCAUCAAGCUUUACCACCGAAUGUCAUACCCGUGGGAGGCCUUCACAUUUCCAGACUCGAGAAAAAUUCUCCAAAUAUAUUAGAGUUCAUGGAUAUUCCCAGCAAAGGUGUGAUACUAUUAAGCUUCGGUACAAAUAUUCAAUGUGAAGGAUUAGGAAAGCACAUAAAUGAAGCAUUUUUGAAAACAUUUUCCAAUCUACCGGAGUACAGCUUCAUCUGGAAGCAUGGUGAUCCGGAAAGCUUGGGGCCGCUUCCUCCAAACGUUCUGGUACAGAAAUGGAUACCACAGGGAGCUAUUCUGUCCGAUCCAAGGACUAAGCUGCUAAUAGGUCAUGGUGGACUACUAGGACUACAGGAAGCGACCUGGUAUGGAGUUCCAGUGAUAGGCAUUCCGUUUUUCGCUGACCAGCUGCAAAAUGUAGACAAAUUAGUCAGAGGUGGAGUAGGGAUACGCUUAUUUCUGGACGAAAUUAACGAAAACUCGCUGAAGGAAUCUAUUGGCAGCAUUCUUACGGAUCACAGGUACCGUCAGAAAAUGGCCGCUCGAUCGCAUUUAUUUCGUUCCCAACCACAACCGCCAUUGGAACGCGCAAUUUUUUGGAUUGAAAAAGUGCUUGAAAACAAAGGAUUGCCUUAUUUGGCAUCGCCCGCUCAUGACAUUCCGUUCUACCAGCUAUAUGGCAUAGACCUAAUCGGCGCGACUUUACUUAGCGUACUUAUUGCACACAUUCUGUGUAAGUUGGCGUUAUCUUUCUUAGUCAAUAAACAGUCAUAAUUAUGUUCCAGCAGUGCACGACCUAAUUUAUUCUCCGGUAAAAUGUCUCUGUAUAC